CGAAGGGACAAAUGAAUCGACUCGAGAAAGAAUAAAAAAAAUGGAGAAAAAUUACAGGAAGGGAGAAGUGAAAGGACUACAAGAAAGAGCGGAGGAGAGGAGUUCGAUAUGCAUGUCCGUCCUCCCAAGAAUUCCCAAAGCAAAGAUUUCUUGCAAAUGGAGGGGAUCGGCGUCUUGAUGACAUGCCCCAUGUUCCCAUACCUCGAGCAAGAACUCGAGCAAAGGUUCCACCUUCACCGGCUCUGGGAUUUCCCUUCGCGGCGCCGGUUCUUGGAGGCCCACGCGGGCUCGAUCCGGGCGGUCGUCGGGGACACCAAGGUGGGCGCCGACGCGGAGCUCAUCGACGCGCUGCCGGGGCUGGAGAUCGUGGCGACCUUCAGCGUGGGGCUGGACAAGAUCGAUCUGGGCAGGUGCGGGGAGAAGGGGAUCCGGGUCACGAACACUCCCGACGUGUUGACCGACGACGUGGCCGACAUUGCCAUCGCCCUGAUGCUGGGCGUGCUGCGGAAGGUCUGCGGGUGCGACGCGUUCGUCAGGAGCGGGAAGUGGAAGAGCGGAGAUUUCGGAUUGACUGCCAAGUUCAGCGGCAAGUCGGUCGGCAUCGUCGGGCUGGGCAGGAUCGGUUCCGCCAUCGCGAAACGAGCCGAAGCGUUCGGCUGUCCGAUCAGCUACUGCUCCCGGUCGGAGAAGCCGCACGUGAGCUACAAGUACUACCCGACCGCCGCGGAGCUGGCCCGCCACUGCCGGAUCCUCGUCGUGGCGUGCGCGCUGACGGAGGAGACCCGCCGCAUCGUCGGCCGGGAAGUCCUGGACGCGCUGGGCCCCGAGGGGGUCCUGAUCAACGUCGGGCGGGGCGCGCACGUGGACGAGCCCGAGCUCGUCGCGGCCCUGCUGGAGGGCCGGCUCGGCGGGGCCGGGCUCGACGUGUACGAGAACGAGCCCGAGGCGGCGGAGGAAUUGUUCCCGAUGGACAACGUGGUCCUCCUGCCCCACGUGGGGAGCGACACCGUGGAGACGUCCACGGCGAUGGCGGACCUCGUCGUGGCGAACCUGGAGGCGCACUUCGCCGGAAAGCCGCUGCUGACUCCGGUGAUAUGAUUCAUCGGAGGAUCGGAAUCGUUGACUGGUUAAAGAUCUCUUUUUGACUGGUUAAAGAUCUCUUUUUUUUUUCCCUAGUUACUUGAGGUUCGAAUAAAAAAGAUGAGAGCUUUCGAGAUUGUUUUUAGCAUGAAAUUGUAUGAUUCUUAUGAGAUUCGGAAGGCCAUCGAUGUUGAUUCUUGCCGAAA